AUGCGUCAGGGCACGUUCACCGGCGCCGAUGCCGCCCGUGCGCGCCUCGCGACGAAGAAGCCGAUCUUUCCUUUGUGGAGGCACCGGAGGCGGCACGACUCGCAGGAAUCAGCUAGCAGUGGCCGGAGCUCGACCAGAUCGUCCAUUGCAGAACAUGCGCAGCCUUCGAGCGUGGAACGCCUGGAGGCACCGACCGGCGGCGACCAGCUUGUCCGCCUGUCAUCUUCACUCACUAGCGAGGACGAAGAUGAUGACAAGGACGUAUAUCGAUGGGCAAUUCUUUACGAGAACCAGCGUGGCAUCACUAUCUUUUCAAUACCCCGCUAUUCACGUCUUGGUCUGCUACCGAACGACCCACCGGCGUUCACCGUACCUGAAGCUCGCGGUGAUAAGGACAAACAGCCCCAAGUGUCCCUGGAUAACUAUCCGCUUCCGGAUGGCAAUUGGCGUUGGGUAUCGAAGAGCUGGAUGAUAGACAUGCGCGGUGACGGUGAGGUCCAGUAUGAUGGUUUCGAGUACAACUGGUGGUUCCGCUCGCACGGAUGGAGGGCAGAGGUGGGGAAGCUGAGUGCAGGAGGAUGGGUCAGGCGAAGGAGAUGGGUUCGGUUGAUGGUCAAGCCGGCCAUGAUGCACAGGGAGAAGAAGGAACGCGCUAUGUCGCAACCUGAAGACGGGGUGCGGGACACUACCUCCAUUUCCCUUGGCGGCUCCCACCCGCCUUCAGUUCUGGAUGUCCUGCCCUCGGAGAUGGAGGGAGAGAAGUGGAAGCACAUCUGGCAUGAUGCCGACGCUGAAGGGGAUUGGCGACGGUGCCAUGCAGCACUGCGAGAGUUGAACAACGACGGACGCAAGCUGGAGAUGUGGAAGGCGUGGCUAGUUGGCCAUGGCGACAGACCUCCCGACGUCGCGCUUAGACCGGUGAGGGGGAAGCAAUGGACGGAAGACGACGGGCCCAUGCCCUCGGAGGUCGACUACGCUAACGCACCCCAGUGGAAGAGGGGUAUCAUCGCUGAUAGGGAGCGCAUAUCAGCGGUACUGUGCGAGCAUGGAGGAGAGAUCUUACGUUCCUUUAUUUAUCCGGAGUCCAGGGUUCAGUUCAUCCGACUGUUGGGUGACGCUGGCUUACUCGAAGAACUGCGGUCCGGCGGCGGCCUUUCAGACAGCAGAGAUAUGGUUGAGUUCUGGAGUUACACAACGGAAGUGGAGAGGCGGAAGACUGGCGACGAGGACCGGACGGACAGCGAGUAA